UGGGUAUAUGUGUAUGUAUGCAUGCAGACUGUUUCUACAAACAUUUGUGAAAGAAUGGGUCGCUCUCAGGAGAGUGAAUUCAAGCGUGGUACCGUGAUAGGUUGCCACCUGUGUAAUAAGUCCAUCCAUGAAAUUUACUUGCUACUAAAUAUUCCACAGUCAACUGUUAGUGGUAUUAUAACAAAGUGGAAGCAACUGGGAACAACAGCAACUCAACCACGAAGUGGCAGGCCACGUAAAAUGACAGAGCAGGGUCAGCGCAUGCUGAAGUGCACAGAACUCGCCAACUGUCUACAGAGUCAAUAGCUUAAGAUCUCCAAACUUCAUGUGGCCUUCAGAUUAGCACAACAGUGCAUAGAGAGCUUCAUGGAAUGGGUUUCCAUGGCCGAGAAGCUGCAUCCAAACCUUACAUCACCAAGUGCAAUGCAAAGUGUCGGAUGCAGUGGUGUAAAGCACACCGCCACUGGACUCCAGGGCAGUGGAGACAUGUUCUCUGGAAGGACGAAUCACGUUUCUCUGUCUGGCAAUCUGAUGGAUGUGCCUGGGUUUGGCGGUUGCCAAGAGAACGGUACUUGAGUGACUGCAUUGUGCCAAGUGUAAA